UCCUACAGAUAAGUUGGAUUAUGGGAAAGCAAAGGCAUCAUCGUGCUACUAUUCAUUAGAAGGAUCUUGUAUGACAUAACCGUUGCAGCGGCGUAGAAAUCGAUUUAUGUCCUAAAGGCACCUCUGGAGUGGAGCGCCACAGAGGGAAUGCCGCCGGCUUCCUCAUCUUCAUCACCAGCUUCCUGGAAUAAAAUUCUUCACCAGGUUUGCUCUCAUACAUCAUGUUGUUUGGGCUGAUCCCCAUGCCGACCUUUCGCUCUCUGCUGCCCAAGCAGGUUCGAGGAACAUCAUAUAGCGACAUGGCCGUGCUGCGCACCGUGCGGAAACACGUGGAGCCGGUGGUGUUUUGCGCUCAGAUGGCCUGCUCCUUCUUCGACACUGGUCUCCAGAUGGUGGUCAAGCAACGAAGCGAGAACGUCACGAGCCCUUCUGAUCCACACGAGGACCAGAACGCCAUCGCCAACUUCUACAUGGUUUUCACCAUGUUGACCGACUUCAUCCCAAUCCUUCCCGCCAUCAUUUUGGCGCGAAUUGCAGAUAGGGGUUACCGGAAGGUCCCAAUAAUAGUCCCUCUGGUAGGAUACUCUUUGUCCAGGGCUAUUUUAUUACUCGUCAUCUGGCUGGAGUGGAGGAUCGAGGUGAUGUAUGCGGCACCCGUGAUCUACGGACUGUGUGGGGGCUUCUCGUCCUACUGGGCGGGCGUCAUGGCACUGGUUUCGAUUAGUACCAGUGAAGAAGAGCGCUCGCUCCGCAUCAUGCGCAUAGAGCUUGUGUAUGGCAUUGCCGGCUUUCUGGGCAGCCUAGCCUCAGGUCACCUAUUCCAGCUGUACACCGUGGGGAUGAAGCACGGUGUUCUGCUGGCUAGCUUGAGCGUGUUGCUGUACAUCUUCUGUCUCCUGUAUGCAACAGGCAUCCUAAAGGUGAGUCAGAUCACCUUGGAGCGGCGGGAAAGCACCAGCAGCGGCAUCAUCACCCACAACGGGUAUGACAGGACCAUCAUUGCACUGCUCUUCGUUAGUGGGAUCUUGUAUGAUGUAGCCGUUGCAGGAGGCGUGCAGAUCUUGUCCAUUUACGUCCUGAAGGCACCUCUGGAGUGGAGCGCCACGGAAGUGGGUUAUGGGAAUGCCGCUGGCUUCCUCAUCUUCAUCACCAGCUUCCUGGGCAUAAAGUUCUUCACCAGGUUUGCUGUGAGUGACGCAAGCAUGAUAAUGAUAGGCAUGGUGUCAUUCAUGACCGGGAUCUACUUCAUGACCUUCGUCACCACCACUGCCAUGUACUUUUUAGCUCGUUCCGUCAUGUUGUUUGCGCUGAUCCCCAUGCCAACCAUUCGCUCCCUGCUGUCCAAGCAGGUUCAAGGAACAUCAUAUGGAAUUACCUUUAUAUGCCUCCAGGUGUCCUUCACACUGGUUGGUGUAGCUACAUCACCCAUCUAUACCAAAAUCUACGAGUCCACACUGGACACCUUUCCUGGGUUUGUCUUCGCCUUAUCCAGCAUCAUCACCUUCCUCUCCAUUAUACCUAUCAGUGUUGUAGGCUGCCGUACUGCAAAGCAGAACUAUGAGAGAAUUCAAGGGAACUAAUACUGUCAAACCACUAUCAGAAUGGAAGGCAGAAUGAGUGAACAACCUUGUUCUCUCACUAGCUCCAAAAACAUGUUGACGCUGAACAGGUGUAUCUCUCCACUUUUCACAACACAUAUGUGUCUACUGGAAGUUUAGUAGCGUUAUUGCAUUAUAUUUUUACUCACUGAUUUUACUUUAAAGUUGAUUGUCUAUAUUUCUUAUUUGUGACAGGUUUCUGUCCUUCUCAGCUCUUAGUUGUUACACGUUGCAUCAUUCUCACUUUGUGAAUGUCACCACUGUACAUGAGUUUACAUUGCCUUUAACCUUGUGGAAUUUAGGAAGUUUGAUUUCAUCAGGAGCCUGACAAGUUAAUAAUGGCAUUAUUAUUAUUAAUAUUUAUAAUAUUUGUAUGUUUUUAUCCUGCCUUCCGCCCAAUGACCGCUGAGAUAGGCUCCAGCAAAAGCACUGUACUUGAAACUUAUUCAAAAGGUAUUCAUGUGAUAAAAUGACUGAAACAUCCACUGGACUACAGUAAAGAGCAUAGACUCUUAAAACAUACUAUCAAAAAAGCAUCAAUAUAUCCUUUUUUUUAAUUGGAUCAUUAUUUAAAAUUUUUUGAUUAAAGAUUGUAGCAUGAAAACAACAUCAGUGUACAAGCUAUUUGUCUUGCAAUUUAAACAUCAAAAUUUACAUCAACGUUAUAGUAAACAACUCACACAAAAGGGAAGAUAUGGGAUGCAACAGACCAAAACAUUUUAGGGAGUCAAAAAAAAACAAACAUAUUUAUAAUACAAAAGUCUUAUUCCCUCAGUUUUUUCGUCAUUGACUUUGGAACUCUUGAUCACGUGAAAACAUGAAGAUGUGCUGCAGUCAUUAAAAAUGAACUGAGAAAUAAAACGGCUUACAUACUGCUGUUAAAGAAAGCUAAUGACGAACAGAAGAAAGUCUUUGUUUGAUGUCUGGUUGAUGCACUGUACCUCCCUAUUUCAUAUUUUACCCCCUACAACUUUCAAAAAUGACAACGUUGGGUAGCUGCCUUAAUUUUCACAUCACAUACACUUUACGGAGACAAAAGAUUAAAGGAGCAUUCAGGCCAAAAUGAAAAAUGUAAUCAUUGCUUCAUCUGUUGUGAACAUACAUAUUUGCCUCUUACAGUGGUGCCACAAUAGUAACUAGAACAACAUUUUCUGGUUUAAAGGCCAAGAAAACCCACUUCUGAUGAUGUACUAUAAAGUUGGAG